AUGCAACCAAAUAAUACUUUUAUUAAAAUUGAAACUGUUGGUAGUCAAGGAAGUGGAAAAAGUAGUAUUAUUUAUCGCAUUAUGAAUAAAGAGCCACAUCAAGGAAUUACUACAAUUGGAUGUGAAGUUAAUUCACUAGUUGUAAGUUUUGAAAGAAGAUUAUGGACUUGUAAAUUAUGGGAUAUAGAAGAACGUUUAAGAGAAGCAAGUUUAGCAAAAGGAGUUUCAACACCACCUGAUGCAUUACUUAUUGUUAUUGAUUUAACUCAAUCAACAUCACUUGAAUGGGCAAGAAAUUAUAUUAAUAAUAAACUUGGAAUAGAAACAUUUGGUAUGUUAGUUGUUGGUAUUGGAAAUAAAUGCAACGAUAAAAAGAAAAGUGUUUCAUCAAAAGAAGUAAGACAACUCUUUCAACAAUAUCAUUUUGAAUAUUAUGAAACAGAUGUUGUUGAUAAUGUUGGUAUUUCUCAAAUGUUUUGUGAUACUAUUCAUGCAAUUGUUGAACGAAGAAUAGAACAAGAACAUGAAAUUCAUCAAGAUAAUGAAAUGCUCAAUGAAUUUAGUCAAUCAUUAACAUCAGAAGAUAUAGAAGAUUGCAAAGUUGUUUAG